CUGAAAACAUCCGCAGCCCACUCAUCCCAUCCUCUCCUGCGAUCCAGCCUGCAAUUCUUGUCCCAGCCUACAUCCCUCGACUUUCCUGUCAUCCUUCUACUAUUUUGACAUCCUAUUGAGACUGUUGUUGCCUCCUACCUCGCGUCACUGUCGACCUAUCUCUGACCGUUUCAGCGAAGCGACGCCUUGGCCUUUAGACAACCCACCGUCCUGGACAAAUUUGCCGUAGGCUCUGACCGCCCUUAGUUCCCAUUCAAUUUUGAUCAAUAUGGCGCCCAAGGCCAAGGGCGGCGAGCAGCCGAAAAAGACAAAAGCCAGUGUCGAAGACAAGACCUUUGGCAUGAAAAAUAAAAAGGGUGGCACAGCGAAGAGACAAAUUGCACAACUUCAGGCCCAGGCAAAGUCCAACAAAUCCCCUGAAGAGAAGCGAAAAGAAGCCGAGAAAGAACAGAGAAAGAAGGAGAAGGAAGCAGCCGAGAAGGCCAAAGCUGAGGCCGCUGAACUCUUCAAGCCCGUCCAGGUCCAGAAAGUCCCCUUUGGCGUUGACCCCAAGACGGUGCUGUGUCAAUUUUUUAAGCAGGGCCACUGCGACAAGGGGAAGAAAUGCAAAUUCAGCCACGAUCUUGAAGUGGGAAAGAAAGUGGCCAAGAGGGACUUGUAUCAAGAUACCCGGGAACAGGACAAGGAGGAGAAAGAGAAAGACAAUAUGGAAGAUUGGGAUGAAGAGAAGCUACGAAAGGUGGUGCUCAGUAAACAUGGAAAUCCCCGUACCACCACGGACAAAGUUUGCAAAUACUUCAUCCAAGCAGUGGAAGAUGGAAAAUACGGCUGGUUUUGGACCUGUCCCAAUGGAGGAGACAAGUGCAUGUACAAGCACAGCUUGCCACCCGGGUUCGUACUGAAAACCAAGGAACAGAGGCGUGCUGAGAAGGCCUUGAUGGACAAAUCUCCGCUGAACACACUGACUCUUGAAGAUUUCCUCGAGUCUGAACGACAUAAACUGACUGGGACCCUGACGCCCGUGACACCAGAGUCAUUCGCCAAAUGGAAGAAAGAGCGCAUGGACAAGAAGGCCGCCGAAGCAGAGGCCAUGAAAGCGAAGGAUGCAACGGGCAGGGCCAUGUUUGAAAGUGGAAACUGGAAAGAUUCAGAAGACGAAGACAGCGAAGAUGAGGAUGAGGAUGAGGAUGAAGACGACGAGGAGGGCGCAUGGAACCUCGAAGCUAUGCGCAAAGAAACCGAAAGGCUACGAAUGCUGAGGGAAGAGGAGCGGUUAGCCAAAGCGAACGGUGAACCCGUGCCCGAUCGGAACGACGACACCGAGAGCAACGCGGCAGAGAGUCAAGAAGGCGGCAACGACAAUGAUGAGGACGGCGGUAGCGGCAGCGGUAGCGGUGAUGACAGCAGAGACGGUAUCACCGAGACUAAUGGGGAAAGUAGCGGGACAAAAGGCUGAACAGUGCUUCGGGCUCUGUCUCAAACCACGCCUGCUCUUCUUUAAGAGUUGGAACUGGAGCAUUUCUUUGGGCGCCGGGCAUAAAGUGACACAGCGCCUACGAUACCUAUCCAACAGGCGUUAUGUGAAGGAUGCUACCUAGUGCAGAAGCCCUUCCACAUAGCAUUUGGGCGUUAGAACUGCGUUCAGAGGCAGCUACCGAGCCUGUAGAAAGGCUCGUGGGUUGCAAUAAAUGGUAUGCGAUACACAAAGCUCAUCAACACCAAGGAAGCUGCGCGGUGGAUAUGGUGAUAUCUACCUAGGUAUCUAGGUAGAGAAAGAUAUCAGCUUCACUGCC